AUGAGCCAAGAUAUGAACUAUGUAGCCCGGGCGAAUCAAACAGUGUCGGAGCUAGCAGCCAAAGUCAGGGAAAAGAAUCUUCAGUUGGAACAAUUAGAACACUCGUACAAAAAUAAGAUACGAGCAUUGGAUGAGUAUUUCAAAGAAUUGCAGAAGAAUUAUCCUCUCCCCAUCAACGCUCAAAAAGAUAGUUUACCAUCUUUAGAGGACUUGGUACCUCCAAAAUGCAAUCAUUGUAAUGAAAUCAUUGAAAUGGACAAUUAUUUUCUCAUUCCCAAAGGAUACAAAGCUGAAGAACCAGACUCCCCCAUAGAUACACCGUCUGGUGUGACAUCUCAACCAAUUCACAGUACAGCAACGAGACCGCAUAAGAAGAACAAGAAGGUAUCAUGUUCAUUUUGUAAAGAACUAGGUCAUAGCAGAAGAGAUUGUCCCAUUAAACUUAGUCAACAGAUAUCCUAA